AUGGCAGAAGUACACGACACAUUCGUUCCCGGCACCAUCCACCUUGUCGAUGUCGCCUGGGAGCUGAAUCCCGAUCAUGGUCGGCGGCAGGAGCGGGACAUUGUAUUGCAUCCCAAGCCGUCAAGUCAUGCGGACGAUCCGCUCAACUGGUCCUACCGCCGGAAACUGCUGUCGACGCUGUGCAUGUUUGUCUACGCCAUGACAAUCUGCAUUUCUUCGGCGGCAAUCUACUCUGUCCUGGAACCCAUUUCAGAAGCGACCAAUCUGUCGGUUGAUGAGCUCAAUGCGGGCACUGGUUACAUGUUUCUCUCGUUUGGCUGGGGAUGUCUUGUUUGGCAACCUCUUGGUCUUGCCUACGGCAAACGACUGGCCUACCUAUUGAGUGUUUUGUGCACUGUCGCCGUCAUGAUUUGGGCCCCGUUUACCACCAACAAAGGGCAGUGGAUUGCCAGCAAGACCCUCCAGGGCUUUUUUGGUGCUCCCGUCGAGGGUCUUUGCGAAAUUUCCAUGACCGACAUUUGGUUCACCCAUGAGCGUGGAAAAUAUCUCACGAUUUAUGUACUCGCUCUUUACAUUGCCAACAGCAUUGCCCCAUUAAUUGCUGCCUUUAUUGCCGCUGGACAGGGAUGGAAAUGGGUCUUAUACUGGUGUGCCAUCUACAAUGCCGUGUCGUUCCUCUUCCUAUUCUUCUUUAUGGAAGAAACCAACUGGACGCGCGACCAGACCUCGACCGAGGACGUUCCCAUUCACAAUGAAAAGACCGUCGGUGACAAUUUUGACGCUCCAGUAUCAGCCGCUACAAACGUCGACAAGGACAUUGCCGGUGCCGGUGCAAGUCACGGCGACGAGGUGCCCAAGCUCUUUGCUUCGCCUUCCCAUGGCCAGGGCGCCAUGUCUUACACCAAAAAGAGCUACUGGGCCAAGCUACGCCUUUUUGACCGUCACACCACCAAGGUUGUCACUACCAUGAGCCUCUUCCGCCAAGUCACGCGGCCUCUUCUCUACAUGCAGCUGCCAGUCGUGGUCUUCUGCGGCACGGGCGUUGGCUGCUACCAGAUGUGGCUCAGCUUUCUAAACGGUACCGAAUCGAGUAUCAUGAGUGGAUCUUACGGUUUUUCGACCCUGAUGCUCGGUGUGCCGUUUGUCUCGCCCAUUAUCUUUUCCUUUAUUGGCUAUCUCUAUGUCGGCGUAUUUGGUGACCGGUUUAUUGUACGCAUGGCCCGCCGCAACAACGGCGUUUUUGAACCAGAGCACCGUCUCUGGUUGCUCCUGCCCCUCGUCGUCAUUGCACCCGGCAGCCAGCUGCUCUGGGGCCUCGGCGCCUACUACAAGGUCCACUGGAUCGGCCCUGUCAUCGCCAUGGGCUUCAUCUCGUUUGCCACCGUCGUCGGCGCCCAGGUCUGCUACAGCUACUGCAUCGACUCGUACCGGGCUCUCAGCGGCGAGGCCAUUGUGACAGUCGUUCUGCUUCGCAACAACAUGCUCUUUGGCAUCAACUACGGCAUCACACCCUGGAUCACCAAUAUGGGUCUCCGUAACGCCUACACGCUGGCCGCCGUCGUUGCCUUUCUUCAAGUUCUCACUUUCCUUCUUAUGACCACAUAUGGCAAACGUCUUCGUGCGCGGUCUGUAAAACUGUUCCGCAAGUACUGCGCCCAGCUUGAGGCCGACGGGUUGCUUCACUAA